AUGUCUCUUCCUUCUGAAAAAGUUCGCUCCACAAAGCUCAAAUUCAAAGGGGAAAAGUCAAAAAAGAAACGCAAACGCGAUUCAGAUGCGCCAUCAGCGAGCUUCAAGGGCCAGGACGAGGAAGAGGACCCUGAUACAUGGGUACUACCCGAGGGCGACCUUGAAAUACGCGGUCCUACAUUCAUUAUGCAUCCCUCUGACCCGACACCAGUUUCCGUUAACUUUGACUCUACGCGAAACCGUAUAAUUCUUCACUCUCUAGACAGGGACUCUACGUCAUCCCAGGAGCUACCGUUACUCCAGCGCACCCCCACCGAGGUUGCUCAAGUUUGGGUCACCACACGCGUCGCCGGCUCGUCCACGAUUAACCUUCGUACAGGUACCGGCGAGGGCAAAUUUCUAUCUUGCGAUAAACAUGGAAUCGUCUCUGCGGACAGAGAAGCACGGGGACCUGAAGAAGAAUGGACUCCUGUUUUCAUGCCAGGCGGGAUGGUGGCAUUCAUGAACGUGUACGAGAAAUACAUCAGUAUAGACGAGGUGGCCGGCGGAACAAUGACCCUUCGCGGAGACAGUGAAGAAGUAGGGUUCAAGGAACGGUUCUGGGUGAAGAUACAGAGCAAGUACAAGAAAGAGGCUCAUGAAGAGAGGAAGAAGAGAGAAGGCGCAACGAAAUCGCCGACCAUAGACGAAGCUGGAACCAACCGCACGUAUCAAGCCUGGGGUGCGGGACGAUCGAUAGUGUCCCAUGAUGACACAAGAGAUCUUAAAAAAGCAAGGAAAGAAGGAAGAUUGUCAGAAGCACUGCUGGAUCGCCGAGCCAAGUUAAAAAGUGAUCGUUUCUGCUAG